UAAGGGUGAGUCUUCUUCUCCUUGACAAAGAGAGAACAAACUAUCUGUUGCAAUUAGAAGAUUUGUUGGAGAAAAAGGAGGAUUUCUUCCAAGUUUUCAAGCAUGGCUAGCGUCGAGGCUUUCAACAAGUGUCUCCUUCAAAGUGAAGCCCUUGUAGAUUACAUCUUAGAAAAAAAUGUUUAUCCAAGAGAGAAUGAGCUGCUCAAGGGCAUAAGGGAAGCAACUAUUGAAAAUUUUGGCUUCAAGAGCGAGAUGUUAGUCCCCGCCGAUGAAGGGCAGUUCUUGUCUAUGCUUAUGAAGAUUAUGAAGCCUAAGAAGACGCUCGAGAUCGGAGUUUUCACCGGUUAUUCUCUUCUAACUACUGCCCUUGCAUUGGAUGAUGAUGCCAAGAUAACAGCAAUAGACCCAAGUAGAGAAGCCUAUGAGAUUGGGUUGCCAUUCAUUAAAAAGGCUGGUGUGGAGCACAAAAUCAACUUUAUUGAGUCAUUGGCAAUGCCUGUCUUAGAUGAGAUGUUGGCUAGUGGUGAAGAAAUGGAGUUCGAGUUUGCAUUUAUUGAUGCAGACAAAUACAAUUACUUGAAAUACCAUGAGAAACUGAUGAAGCUGGUGAAGAUUGGUGGGAUUAUUGCUUAUGAUAAUACUCUCUGGUUUGGCUCUGUUGCUUAUGAAGGAGAGGUUAAGGGAAUGCCUGAGCGUUUGAUGCGUCAAAGGGCCUCCAUUCUGGAGUUAAACAGCUUCUUAGCCUCCGAUUCCCGAAUAGAACUUUCACUAAUUUCUAUCGGUGAUGGCAUUACCUUGUGCAGACGCAUUUCUUGAAAAGCUCAAAUGGGGGAAGAA